GGCAGUCCUCGCCAUGGCUAUCAGGGAACGGAGCGUUACAAAUUCUUCAGCAGGAUGGACUCAAGUUACCAAGCCGCUCUUCUUAGUUUUUUCGUUGCCGUGCUUUCGCUUUGCUUCGUCCUGGGGACGUUGACUUUCGUCGCGCAGCCAAACCGCGAUGAUAUCAUCGGCAUCAAGCAGACGCUGCGGCUGAUGGUGGAUGUGGAUUCUGCCACAUGGCAGAGAACGCGAGACGAGAUACUCAGCGACAACAGCACGUCGGUCCGUGAGAAGGUCAUAAUGAUAGAGGCCAUGGACGACGUCGUCAAGGAGGUCAGACAGCGAGUGGGCAGCAAGGACAGGAAGCAUCUCAAGGGCUCUACUUCGCCCAAGCAGGAGAAGAAGCCAGCGGCUAUGAUGAAUGAGCGAACCACCGGGCACCGUCGGGACACGGGCAGCGAGAGUGUGGUUCACGUAGAUGGACAGGCGCAGAACGGAGUGCAUGGCACCGAAGCCGCUGACGGUGCCAGUCAGGCUACUCGUGUGAGUGGGUGAGACUGCGGCAGUUUGUGUCAGUGUCUCGAGGUUUUUGCACAGGUGGCUGGUGGGUCACUGCUGUGACUGUAGUGUAGCUGUUUGUACGUUUGUGG